CUGCGUCGAUUUGUGUGUUUUUUCGAAAAUCCACUACAGCAGCAGCAGCAACGUGGUUUAACAGCACUGGAGGUUCGCACCUCAUUCCUGGACUUCUUCACGGAACGUGGCCAUACCUAUGUACCCUCAUCAUCGGUUAUACCGGAGCAUGACCGAUCGGUGGCAUUUGGCAAAUUGGCCGAUUUGCGAAAUGUUGUGAAUUGGCAAAAAUGCAUACGUGUUGGUGGCAAGCACAAUGAUUACGAUGAUGUUGGCCGUGAUUUGUCGCAUCAUACUUUUUUCGAAAUGCUCGGAAACUACUCGUUUGGUGGUUAUUCGAAGAUGCAGGCAUGCCAGUUUGCCUGGGAAUUUCUUACAAAUGUUCUGAGGAUCAGUGAAGAUCGAUUGUAUGUCUCAUAUUUUGGCGGCGAUGAAAAACUGAAGAUGGACGAGGAUCGUGAAUGUCGGGAUAUAUGGAUUAAAAUUGGCGUACCACAGGAUCGUAUUCUUCCAUUCGGAUCUGCGCAUAAUUUCUGGGAAAUGGCUGAAACCGGUCCGUGUGGUCCGUGUACUGAAAUACACUACGAUCUUAUUGGUAAUCGAAAUGCUCGAAUGCUUGUGAAUUCCAGCGAUCGAACGGUUGUAGAAUUGUCGACUAUUGAUUUUAGGGAUUUAUCAACGAAAAUAACUAAUUUGCCAUCAUUGUACGUAGAUUGUGGAAUGGGCUUUGAGCGACUGCUAAGCAUAAUUCAAGGACUGCGCUCCACAUACGAUACGGAUCUGUUUGCUCCGCUUAUUGAAAUUAUCCACAAGGUAAUACAUAUAUUUCGUUCACAAUACAUAUUUCUCUGUUCAAAAGCGCAACGAUACAGUGGGCAAGUGGAAGAAACGAGUGAAUCGGGCAGAAGAGAUCGAGCAUAUCGUAUCAUUGCGGACCAUCUUCGUGCUGCCUGUAUUAUGAUUGCUGAUGGUGUAAAGCCCGGUUCACGAAAUCGAGGAUAUCAUCUCCGGAAGGUUAUACGGCGCGCAGUACUGAAUUUAACUCUAACAUUGGGUACUGAACGUGAAGCACUGGCCACUUUGGUUCCUGGUUUCGUCAAACACAUGGCUCCACUGUACAACAAUGUUUUGGCAUCCGAGAACGAAAUAUUGGAUACGGUGGCAUCCGAAGAGCGAUUGUUUUGGAAAAGUUAUGAUAAAGGGUGCAAGUUUUUGCAAAGGAAUAUUGCUUUGCAUUCGAAAAUAUUGCCAGGUGAAUUUUUUUCGCUUUUCAGAUAGGU